AUGGGCGCUUCAGGAAGCGGAGAGAAACGGGAUGCCGUGGUACAGCUGGACGAGGGCUCGGUAUCAGCAUUGGACGAUCAGCCUACCAUGAGCGCAUGGAAAGCCUACUGGAGAGUGUUUACUUAUGCUGGCAGACUUGAAGUCGCCAUGAUCAGCAUCGCUGGGGUUGCCGCCAUGGCGUCAGGAGUCGGCAUCGCCUCUCAGAACAUCAUCUUUGGUCAAUUCGUCACAGUAUUCACGGAUUUUGGGUCCGACAAGGCCGCUGCAGCCGACUUUAGGAAUAAGGGCUCGACCCUGGCACUUUACUUCUUCCUCCUUGGCGUUGGAAGGUUAGUGAUGGCGUACAUCUACAACUCCCUCCUUACAUUCAGCGCCUACCGGAUAGUCCGAAACAUUCGCCAUGACUACCUCAAGUCGGCCCUGCGGCAAGAGGUAGCUUACUACGACCUUGGCACUAGCGGAUCCAUCGCGACUCAAGCCUACUCCAGUGGCCGUCUUGUGCAGGGUGGCAUCUCCGAAAAGCUGGGCCUUACGGUACAGGGCCUAGCAGCUUUCAUCAGCUCCUUCAUCAUAGCAUUUUACACCAACUGGAAGCUUACUCUCAUCAUUUGCGGUAUUGCGCCGUUGACUGUUGGUGUUAUGAUUGGCUGUGCGUUUAUCGAAGCUGGAUAUGAGGCCAAGAUUCUUGAAUACUAUGCUUUGGCCAACUCUUUUGCUGAGGGUGUUCUUUCCAGCGUCCGCACAGUCCAUGCGUUUGAGAUGAGGACGCGUCUGGUGGACAAGUUCGACGCCUUCCUCGUCAAGGCACAUUGGUGGGGUGACAAGAUCUCUCUACUAUUUGGCAUCCUGUUCUCGGCCGAGUACACGAUCAUUUAUCUUGGUAAUGCGCUGGCUUUCUGGAGGGGUAUCCACAUGUUGGCUAAUGGUGAGAUUGCCUCCACUGGAGACGUCUUCACCGUCCUUCUGUCGGUUGUUAUCGCCGCACUCAGCAUCACUCAACUCGCGCCCCACUCUAUCGAGUUCACUCGCGCUGCCUCUGCUGCUGCCCAGCUCUUUAUCCUGAUUGACCGGAAGACGACUAUCGAUCCUUUCGAUCUGUCUGGUGAACAGCCAGAAUCUCUCAUCGGAGAUGUCGACCUGGACGGAGUCACGUUCUCGUAUCCCACUCGUCCCAAUGUUACCGUUUUGGACAACUUCUCGAUUCACGCACCUGCGGGCAAGGUCACUGCCCUAGUGGGUCAUAGUGGCUCUGGCAAAAGCACCAUAGUCGGUCUCUUGGAGCGAUGGUACAACCCCACGUCAGGAUCUAUCAGACUUGAUGGGCGACCCAUUGAAUCUUUGAACAUUGCCUGGCUUCGGAGGAACAUACGCCUAGUACAACAGGAACCAGUUCUUUUCCGUGGAACAGUUUUUGAUAACAUCGCACAUGGCCUCAACGGUACUUCUCUGCAAGCGGCCACCAAGGAAGAGCAGAUGACUCACGUGGUGGAGGCAGCAAAAAUUGCGUAUGCCCACGACUUCAUCUCGCAGCUCCCUGAUGGCUACGACACAGACAUUGGCCAACGUGGCGGCCUCCUUUCCGGUGGACAGAAACAGCGAAUUGCUAUUGCGCGGAGUCUGGUUUCUGAUCCCAAGGUCCUCCUACUAGACGAAGCGACUAGUGCUCUCGAUCCCUACGCAGAGGGCAUCGUCCAGCAGGCUCUUGACCGGGCUGCUGCCGGCCGGACCACUAUAGUAAUCGCGCAUAAGCUCGCUACUAUCCGUAGAGCAGACAACAUCGUCGUCAUGUCAAAGGGCAAGAUUCUGGAGCAAGGAACUCAUGACAGCCUCAUCGCCGCAAAUGGCGCUUAUUCGCGUCUCGUAGCCAUCCAACAACUCACCGUUGCGGACGAGCCAACGCCUGAAGGCAGCAUUGCAGGAAAGUCGAGCCUGGACGAAAAGGAGGGCGACGGUCUCCAGCCUAGCAAAUCCCUCGCUCGGUACGCGACUGCGGACCAAGCAGACGCUGACACGCAGCCCGAACAAGGCAAAUACAGUGAUGACAACUACAAACAGCUUGGGUUGUUUACUGUUGUCUGGCGGCUAGUCAUAGAGAAUCCGGACUUGAAGUGGGCAUAUCUGGCACUGGUCUCUGGCUGUGUGGUCUCUGCUGGCUUGUUUCCUGGUCAAGCGGUUCUCAUGGCGCACAUGAUUGAUGUCUUUACAUUGCCCAAGGAUGAGAUGCUGGACAAGGGCGACUUCUUUGCCGCCAUGUUCGUCGCACUCGCUGGUGCCUGUCUUUUUGCUUACUACGUCAUGGGCUGGGGGACCAAUACGCUCGCGCAAACUCUGGCUCAUAAUCUGCGAAAGCAGAUCUUCAACGACAUCCUCCGCCAGGAUCUCGAGUAUUUCGAUCGACCGGAAAACAACAUUGGAGCUUUGGCGAGUCGUAUCGACGCUUACCCCCAGGCGGUGUUUGAGCUGAUGGGCUUCAACAUCGGGUUCAUCCUCAUCGCUGGCUUGAGCGUCGCAACUUGCUCUGUCCUGGGUAUGGUUUACGCCUGGAAGCUGGGUUUAGUUAUCGUUCUCGCCGGUCUUCCUGCUCUUGUCGGAUGCGGUUGGCUCAAAAUGAUCUUGGACGGCAGGCUCGACCGCAUCAUCGCCAAGAGACUUGCAACCAGCUCUGCCAUUGCAUCCGAGUCCACGACGGCCAUUCGUACCGUGUCUUCGUUGGGCAUCGAAAGUUCUAUCCUAUCGCGAUACACGUACGAGCUGGACUAUGCAAUCAACCACUCGCUAAAGCCACUUCUCAACGUCAUGGUGUGGUUUGCUUUGACGCAAGCGUCCGAGUACUGGUUCAUGGCUCUGGGAUUUUGGUACGGCACUCGCCUUGUCUCUUUCGGGGAGAUUACCAUGGUCGAGUUCUUCAUCGCGUAUAUGUCUGUCUUCUUUUGCGCACAGUCGACGUCACAGAUUUUCCAGUUCUCAACCAGUAUAACCAAGGGCAAGAAUGGGGCCAACGCAAUCUUCUGGCUUCGUCAGCUGCAACCCACGGUUCGCGAAACACCAGACAACAUGGAUAACGCGCCCAAGCCUGGAAGUUCUGUACAACUAAGCGGCGCACGCUUCGCCUAUCCUCUACGCCCAAACGCUCCUGUGCUCAAGGGUAUCGACCUUGAAGCUGCCAAAGGCCAAUUCAUUGCCCUGGUAGGCGCUUCUGGUUGCGGCAAGUCCACAAUCAUAUCCCUGCUCGAACGCUUCUACGAUCCCACGGGCGGUCGCAUCCUCAUUGGCCAAGACAAUCUGGCCUCUCUGAACCCUCGCAAGUACAGAAGUCAAGUAGGUCUUGUACAACAAGAGCCGACGCUCUUCCAAGGCACCAUUCGCGACAACAUUGCGCUCGGCGUAGACAACCCCAACACCAAUACAAUGCUCCAAACAAGCGACAUGUCCGACGAAGUAAUCGAAAAAGCACUACGCGCAGCCAACGCCUGGGAUUUUGUAUCUUCCCUGCCCGAAGGCAUCAACACAGCCGCGGGACCGAACGGAACCCAGCUCUCUGGCGGCCAACGCCAACGCAUCGCCAUUGCACGUGCACUCGUGCGCAACCCGCGCAUUCUCCUCCUCGACGAGGCAACGAGCGCACUCGAUACCGAGAGUGAGAAGAUUGUGCAGAAUGCCUUGUCGGAAGCUGCAAAAGAAGGAGAUCGCAUUACGAUUGCUGUUGCACAUCGGUUAUCGACGAUCAAAGAUGCAGAUCAGAUCUGCGUAUUCUAUAAUGGUAGGAUUGUGGAGCAAGGCACACAUGCCGAGUUGUUGUCGGGUGGAGAAAACAGUUUAUAUAAGAAGAUGUGUGAGGCGCAGAGUUUGGCAUAG